AUGGACGAGCCCUCGUCCGCCGUCCACGCCAUCAUCCACAUCCUCAAGUCCACCUGGUCGCUCGACUGGACGCGCCCCCUCUCCUACAUGACGGCAGGCCUCACGCUCCCCCUGCGCCUAGCCUUCAUCCCGCUCUCCUACGUCCUCGCCGUCCUCGCCGUCCUCCUCGCCCCGGCGGGCCACAUCCUCGCCUACCUGGGGAGCUGGGUGGCCGCCAUGGCCGCCCUCCUCGUCAGCCUAGAGCCCCUAUACACCUUUUUCAGCGUAGCAGCGUUCAUCGGCAUCGUCGCCGGGCUCCUCAUGGCCGUCGUAUCCGCCAUACUAACCAGCCACUUCAACAUGCAAGACGAGCACGACGACGCGUCGCGGCGGCUGCAGCAGCAGCAGCGACAGCAACAGAUGCAGCGCGAGGCCCUCUCCCACGAGAAGCAAAUGUACCUGCAGCAGCAGUAUCUCCGCCGGGAGCCACACGGCCUUGAGCCCGACUGGCACUGGGGGGACCCGUCGCAGCCGCAGUCGAGGAUCCGGCGCGCCUCCGGGCUGCAGGCAGAGAUCAUUCUCGAGGAAGACGACUCCGACGAGUGA